AUGGCUGCCCCGGCGCUCACCAACGGCGGCGUGGCAGUGGCGGAGGAGGAGGAGCCUCCCAACAGCUGGCCUCCGGCCGUGGAGAAGCGGUACGAGCGACUGGAGAAGGUGGGUAAGGGCAUGUUCGGGGAAGUUUAUAGAGCCUGGGACCGCGUGGACGAGCGGGUCGUCGCAGUGAAGAGGCUCGCCGGGAGGACCGACGACCGGUUCGUGCAGACGGGUCUCCGCGACUUCGCGCGGGAGGCCAUGUCCCUGGCGGCCUGCCGCGGCCACCCGUCAGUCGUGGAGCUCCUGGCCACGUUCGCGGACAGCAGCCGGAGCGACGGGGACUGCUUCGUCGUCACGGAGUACGCCGGUCGGAUGAAUCUUCGAGAGUACAUGAAACUCCGGUGCGACGCUGGCCUGCCGUUCAGGGAGGCCGAGGUGCGCAAGGCCAUGCGGCAACUCCUCCGUGGCGUGAAGAGGGCGCACAAGGUGGGCGUUCUGCACCGGGACAUCCAGCCGGAGAACGUGCUCGUCGACGACGGCACGGAGGACGUGAUUGGCCAGAAAAAAAAGAAGAAGCGGUCGAAGGGCAUCGUGUACAAGAUAUGCGGCUUUGGCAUGUCCGAGCCGGCGGCGCAGACGGAGAAGGACGACUACGCGAUGUUGGCGUCGCCGAGCUCCUACCGCGCGCCGGAGCUCUUCCUCGGGUCGAGAGACUACGACGGACGGAUCGACACGUGGGGGCUCGGCUGCAUCAUGGCCGAGCUCCUCGCCGGUACCGUCAAUCCUCUCUUUGUCGGCGAACAAGUCUUUACAUGCAUGCUGAACCUGGUCGGCGCGAAGGGCAUCGUGGAGUGGCCGGGGUUGGAGCGGCUGGCGACUCCCGAUCGGGCGGCCAAGCUGCGGGAGGAGGGCUGCCGAGAGACCGGCCACCUGCGGGAGGUGUUCCCGGAGGAGUUCUUGUCGCAGGCGGGGUUCGAGGUUCUGCGCGGACUGCUGGAGAGCAACCCGGAGCGUAGGCUCACCGCAGCGGCCGCGCUCCGGAAGCCGUGGUUCAAUCGCCAUUCCUUCGGUGGCUGCUUCAAGCCGUGCGGAGGAGAAGUGUCUCCCUAA